GGUGGGAUCUGGCCGGGCGGUUGCCAGCCGCCGACAUCGGAGGCUCGAAAGCCCUUCGGGGAACUCUCCCUGGCUCUCGAUGGCGCUGACGGGAGAGAGGAGCACGUAGCUGGGAAAGGCAUGCCCCAAAUGCUGAGCUCUGCCAGCAUGUUUACUUCCUGUGGCUUUAGCCCUCAUCACCUCCAUCCCUCCAAAGAAGAUGAUGAAGGAGGACUGAUCUUUCAAGAUGGAAACCUUACCUCAGCAUCUCUUGAUGCUUUAAUUCAACACCUUAUACCUACAGCUGACUACUACCCUGAGAAGGCCUAUAUCUUCACAUUCCUGCUGAGCUCAAGACUGUUCAUUGAACCACAUGAACUUCUGUCCCGUGUCUGUCACAAGUGCAUCGAGCAGCAGCAUCUGGAUGACCCAGUGCUGGAUAAGGCACGGAUCAGAAAAUUUGGGCCCAAGAUUUUACAGUUAUUAACAGAAUGGACGGAAACCUUUCCUUAUGAUUUUCAGGAAGAAAAAAUGAUUGGAUGUUUGAAAGACAUCAUCGACCGGAUAGCUCCAUGUGAUGAGGCAUAUUGGAAAAAGAUGAAUCAGCUUCUACAAACCUUGAAUCAGAAGCUUGCAAGUCUUAACCAUGGCCAAGAAGGAAUAGUCAAGAUCAGUGCAGCUGUUUCGGAUAAAGUGGUAGCUUUUAAAAGUAAGCCUCCCUCCAUCCAAAGAGAAAUGUUGAAUGUCUGCAGUGAUCCAUAUACUUUGGCCCAACAGCUAACUCAUGUAGAACUGGAAAGACUAAGUCAUAUUGGUCCUGAAGAAUUUGUUCAAGCAUUUGGCCAUAAAGAUCCCUUGGACAGCACAAAGCCUUGUUUCAGUGAACAGAAGAAGACUAGUAAUCUUGAAGCUUACGUGAAAUGGUUCAAUAGACUCUGCUAUCUUGUAGCAACAGAAAUUUGCAUGCCUGCCAAAAAGAAGCAGAGGGCACAAGUCAUCGAAUUCUUCAUUGAUGUCGCCCGGGAGUGCUUUAACAUAGGGAACUUUAAUUCAUUGAUGGCAAUCAUCUCUGGAAUGAACAUGAGUCCAGUAUCUAGGCUAAAGAAGACCUGGUCAAAAGUGAAAACAGCCAAGUUUUUUAUUCUUGAGCACCAGAUGGAUCCUACUGGCAAUUUUUACAAUUACAGGACUGCCUUAAGGGGAGCUGCUCAUCGGUCCUUAACAGCACACAGCAACAGGGAAAAGAUUGUGAUCCCCUUCUUCAGCCUACUGAUCAAAGAUAUUUAUUUUUUGAAUGAGGGAUGUGCAAACCGCCUUCCAAAUGGGCAUGUCAACUUUGAAAAAUUCUUGGAACUGGCUAGACAAGUAGGAGAAUUCAUAACAUGGAAACAAGUUGAAUGUCCAUUCGAACGUGAUGAUAACAUAAUCCACUAUUUACAUACUGCCCCUAUCUUUACCGAAGAUGGUUUGUAUUUGGCUUCCUAUGAAAGUGAAAGUCCAGAAAACCAAACAGAAAAAGAGAGAUGGAAAAACCUAAGGUCAACUAUCUUAGGAAAGACUUGAAGACAAUAAUCUAUAAAUACACAAGAAGAAACUAACUCAGCAA